GUCUCCCUCCAAUGUUUACCAGGUGGUGCUGGUGACGGGCUGGGGACGACAACUGCACUUAUUAUACACAAGUCUCUGUUUACUAAAGACGAAAUCAUGGCAAACAAGCCACAGAAAAUGCCCAAAGUGGCCAAGGUAAAGGACAAAUCUCCUGCUGAGCUGCAGAUAACAGCAGAACAACUAUUGAGAGAAGCUAAGGAGCGAGAACUUGAAAUUGUGCCCCCUCCUCCACGGCAGAAGAUAUCAGAUCCAGAAGAACUUCAAGAAUAUCGCUUGAAGAAAAGACGAGCCUUUGAAGAUAACAUUCGUAAAAAUCGGGGAAGCAUUUCCAAUUGGAUUAAAUAUGCAAAGUGGGAGGAAGAGCAGCAAGAAAUUCGAAGAGCCAGGUCUGUGUAUGAGAGAGCUUUGGAUGUUGAACACAGAAAUAUUACAUUAUGGCUGAAGUAUGCUGAGAUGGAGAUGCGUAGCCGGCAGGUGAAUCAUUCUCGCAAUGUGUGGGACAGAGCGGUCACCAUCCUACCGAGAGCCAACCAAUUUUGGUACAAGUUUACUUACAUGGAGGAAAUGCUGAAGAACAUUGCUGGCUGCAGACAGGUAUUUGAGCGAUGGAUGGAGUGGGAGCCAGAUGAGCAGGCCUGGCUCACUUACAUUAAAUUUGAGCUACGUUAUAAAGAACUAGAUCGUGCAAGAGCAAUCUACGAACGCUUUGUUUAUGUUCAUCCCGAACCAAAAUAUUGGAUUAAAUAUGCUCAUUUUGAAGAGAAUCAUAGCUACAUUCAGAGUGCUCGGCGAGUGUAUGAACGUGCCAUUGAAUUCUAUGGCGAUGAUCACCUAGAGGAGAGUUUAUUUAUUGCCUUUGCUAAAUUUGAGGAAGGUCAGAAGGAACAUGAUCGAGCCCGAGUUAUUUAUAGGUACGCACUGGAUCAUAUGCCAAAAGAGAAGUGUUUGACUCUCUACAAUGAGUAUACACGACAUGAAAAGAAAUAUGGAGAUAAAUCAUCGAUUGAUGAUGUCAUUACCAGCAAGAGGAAAUUUCAGUAUGAAGAAGCAGUGACAGCCAAUCCUCAUGAUUAUGACACAUGGUUUGACUAUGCACGGAUGUUGGAGGCAGACGGCAAUGUGGAUCUCAUUAGAGAGACAUAUGAGAGAGCAAUAGCUUGUGUUCCGCCCUUAAAGGAGAAGAGACACUGGCGCCGCUACAUCUACCUUUGGAUUUAUUAUGCAGUGUUUGAAGAGCUCACUACCAAGGAUAUGGAGAGGGCACGGCAGGUGUACCAAAUGUGCCUUCGUCUAAUUCCACACAAGGUGUUUACCUUUGCUGAGAUUUGGCUACUCUAUGCUAAAUUUGAGAUUCGCCAGAAGGACCUAUCAGCAGCAAGAAAAGCAUUGGGUCAAGCUAUAGGAAUGUGUCCGAAGCACAAGAUUUUUCGUGGAUAUAUUGAUCUUGAAAUCAAAUUACGAGAAUUUGACCGUUGCCGUAAACUUUAUGAAAAGUGGGCUGAAUUUGAUCCAGAAAAUUGCAAAAUGUGGAUUCAGUUUGCAACUUUGGAGGCAAUGUUGAAUGAUGAUGAACGAGCAAGGGGCAUUUAUGAACUAUCAAUUGCACAACCACGCCUUGAUAUGCCGGAAUACAUGUGGAAGUCAUACAUAGAUUUUGAGGUAGAACAGGAAGAAUGGGACCAUGUAAGAAAUCUUUAUGAACGACUUUUGGAGCGUACACAUCAUGUGAAGGUUUGGAUUAGUUAUGCCAAAUGUGAACACUCGAUGCCUACUGAGGAUAAUGUUGUUCAUGCCCGGGCAGUGUUCCAAAGAGCAAAUCGUGCUCUUCGCUCGUGUCAAGAAAAGGAACAGCGGCUGAUGCUCCUUGAAGCUUGGAAAGACUUUGAAGAUGAAUUUGGAGAUAAAGAAAGUGAAGAGAAAGUUAAGAACCUGAUGCCCAGGAAGGUUACCCGUCGUCGACAGGUCACCACAGAUGAUGGGUCACAGACCCGCUGGGAAGAAUAUAUUGAUUACAUAUUCCCAGAUGAUGAAGCAGCCAAACCAUCACUGCUCUUGUUGGCAAAGGCUAAAGAAUGGGUCAAGAAGCAACAGGAGCAAAAGCAAGAUUCUGAAGAAGUCAGUUCUAAGGCAGACAAGCCAGGGUAUGAAGAAACACCGGAGUUUAAUCCUGAUUUGGAUCGUGAUGACAGUGAAGUAGACGUGGGUUCAUCUAGUAGUGAGUCAUCAAGUGAAAGUGAUCAAGAAGAGACAGCAAACAGAAACGGAAGAAAGAGAAAACUUGAAGAGAAAAGUAGUUGUGAUAAAAAAAUAAAAAAUAAACUUGAGAAAAGCAAAACAGAUAGUUCUAACACUAGUGAUGAAGAAAAUGAGGGAUCAAAAAAGAGAGAGAAGAAAAGAAGUACCAGUACUUCCAGCUUAAGUGAUGGAGAGCGGCCAGCAAAAACAAAAAGGGAUAGUAAAAGAAAAUCUUCAACAAGUUCAAGCAGCUCUUCUGACGGAGAGCGACCAACAAAAACAAAACGGGAUAGUAAAAGAAAAUCCUCGACAAGUUCUUCCAGCUCUUCCGAUGGAGACCGACCAACAAAAACAAAAAGGGAUAGUAAAAGAAAAUCAUCAACAAGUUCAUCCAGCUCUUCCGAUGGAGACCGACCAACAAAAACAAAAAGGGAUAGUAAAAAAAAAUCCUCAAGUUCAUCCAGCUCUUCCGAUGGAGAACAACCAACAAAAACAAAAAGGGAUAGUAAAAGAAAAUCCUCAAGUUCUUCCAGCUCUUCUGAUGAAGAUGAGAAAAAGUUGGCAAAGAAAAGAUCAAAGAGGGGCAGGUCUUCCAGUGAUAGUAAUUAGGAAGAAAAUAAGCAUUAAAUGGGGAAGCAGAAGGAACUGUAUAAAGGCAUGAUGUGCUCCUGGAGUGCAUGGAGCAGGCAUUAAACUAAUGAUGAAAGUGUUGACUCGGUUCAUAUUCCAAGAAAAUACUUUUAAUUGUGGAAAGAGGUAACACUGAGUGUUAUAGAAUAACAGGAUAUAAUGUUGCUUACUUACUUGUCAGUCUAUUUAUUUGCUUAAAAUUUUAUGAUCUUGUAUAUCUUUUCUUUACAUAAAAAUUAAGUCAUAGGAUGCUAAUGGGUUUCCCUUUUGCUUAAUUUUUACCAAGCAAAAGCUGUAUUUUUCUUGGCGUGAUGGGAAAAGAUAGUUAAAGAUAUUAGUGGUGCCUCAUUUCCUGUAAUACCUUUUAUUCUUAGUGUCCAUAGAUACUAAGUAUCUAUGGAUAUACUUACAGCUAGCUAGGAAAGCUAGCAUAUACCUUCAACAAUGUUCUAGCAAAAAUUUAACAGAUGUGGCUCCACCUUUAAUUCGUGUCUUGUUAACUAAUUGCUUUAAUUCAGUUGUGUUCAGUCAUGUACAUUGUUCACAGGCUUAUAACAUUUUCUUUCAUACUUUAUCUACCCAUCAUUUUCAGGUUAUUAUUCAGAGCAUUGUGUAGGUGGGACCAUUGCUCUAUAUUCAUAUGCUUGUUAUUGAAGAGAAAAAAGUAGUAAUUUGUAGCACCAGAAAGUGCUGGCUUUGAUAAUGAGGUAUUUGUACUGUAUGUGCAGAAAAUAUUAAAUGUUGUAGAUUAAGAGGAAUGGAGUAGGCCUGGAAAAAUUGUCGGAAAGCAUGGAACGAUAGUGAUAUGCCAGUGGAUUGGGAAGAAAGAAUAAGGAUUAUUGUAAGAAUUGCAAGAGGUAUUUGUUAGUACUAAGUGAUGCAGUUAAGUUACUAAGUUACCAAGCAAAGUGAUCACAAGAUUAAUUAAAUCCAGGAAAUUAUUGAGAGACUGAUUACUGAUGAACAAGUUGGGUUUGACUGUGGAAAAGGGUGUAAUCAAAUAUUAGUAUUGAUACAAUUUAUAGAGAAGGCAUAUGGGAAUGAUUGUAAGUUAUAUAUACAAAGCUAUUGACCGAAAAAAAAAGCAAAAACGUUUAUAAAAAGGGACUUUGGGGGGAGUGAAGAGCAUGUAUGGAUUUGGCAGGUGUAUGUCAGGGUUGUCAUGUCACCCUGAUUAUUCAGUAUAUACAUGGUGAACUAUGCCUGGCCAGAGGAAGCUGGUGGAGGCCCAUGGGAAUUCUGAUGUGCAAGUCUAUCAUCGGAACCAGGAAACCUACUUCAGGAAAGUGGAAAGCUGUGUAAGGUAAUGCAAGUAUGUAGUAAUGAGAUGAAAUGAACAACUAUUUAGGGAUUAUAUAAUUGUUCUGAUAAAAUAGAAUGUGAUAACUCAUUGAAGGAAUUGAAAUUUACUCAGUAAUUUGAUGCUUAUUGCUCUCAGAGAGCAUUCUGAAAUGCUCUCAGAAUUGCACAUCACCACUCCAAGCAAGGGUUAAGGUCAUCUAACCAACUACAGUAUUAAUAUUCAUGGUAGUUGAAUGCACUAUACCUGACCUUGACAGAUAAGCACAUUCAAGUCUGAGAAUUUACAAUUUAACUGGAAACAAAAUUACAAUUGAAGCCAUUAUGUACUGUUUUAAAAUGUGCAAAGAACUAAUCUACCCUUUCUUGCUUCUUCACCAACAUCACUGUAUAUUUUGGAUUACUCCACAAUAAAAUUGUAGAUAAAUUGGUAAUUGCAAUCAUACCACAACACUUGACAAUUAAUCCAUGAAAUGACACAGAAUGGUGCCCUUCUGCUUUGUGUAAAUAUUGUAAGUACCUGUAGUGUAAAUACAUAGUAUGUUUUUUGUAUUUUAAUAGUUAAAAUAUGAAUGAUUAUGUUCAAUGAGAAAUUUUGGUGAAAGCAUAUUUUUGUUCAUAUAAAAACCUAUACAGUU